AUGUCUGCAGACCCAGCUACAGUCCCGGACGUCGAUCUCGAAGACGAGCAAUACGACUCCGAGGAAGACGAGGACUUCGACGCCGCCGCAGGCCCAGAUGAUGACGACGGGCUCUCAUCCUCCGAUAGCGAUGACGACGAGGCAAACGCCAACGAGCCGGCGACUAAGAAGCGCAAGACGGGGAAGCGACAAGAUGCUGAUGACGAGGAGUUAGGGUCCGGCGAUGAGGCGAUGAUACGGAAUGCGAAAGCGAAGAAACUGAAGAGCAAGGGGAAGAAGCAGAAGAACGCGAAAGGUGGCGGUGGUGGAGGUGCGCAAGAUGAAGAUGAUGAUGACGAUGAUAUGGAUUUUGAUGAUGAUGAGGAGGGUGGACCGGGGGGAUUUGUUCGGACGAGAGCGAUGAAGAUGCGCACACAGGAAGAAGAGCGAAAACCUCUCGCGAAGAUCGACGGCGCGACAGUCGACGUCGACGCCCUAUGGGCUAGAAUGAACGCGCCAGAUCCAGAAUCCGAAACACAACUCCCCGAGAACGAGACACAAGAGACCAAUCCCCCAGCAGCAGAUGGUGACACGAACAACACAGCGACGCAAGCCCCCCACCCCGAAGAUCCUCCGACCGCGCAACCCAAAGCCAAAUACGCAGAGGAAAUGGUCAAAAUCAAACGGACCUACAAAUUCGCCGGCGAAAUAAUCACCGAGGAGAAACUGGUUCCCAGGGAUUCCGCUGAGGCCAAAAUCUACAUCGCCAGCGGCAAUGACAUAGAGACCGUGCCGGGGUCUGACGCAGACGCGGAUCGUGAAAAUGAGAAAGCGGCGCUGAACCUGCGGAGACCGCUUCGCAAACUUUCGCGAUUCGACCCGAACCCGACCGGAAGCAUCAAGAAGAGUUGGGAGAAACAACCGGCUGCGACGACACAGGCAGCCGGAACGGAAGAGAACGCCCGUGGUCCCAAGAUCAACACCGUUGAGAAAUCUCGACUGGAUUGGGCGGCGUAUGUGGACCAGGCCGGCAUCAAGGACGAGCUUACGGUACACAGCAAGGCCAAGGAAGGGUUCCUGGGCCGGAUGGAUUUCUUGGACCGUGUGGGCGCCAAUCGUCAAGAAGAGAUGAGAAAUGCGCGGCUGAAGGGGCGGUAA